ACAGGCAUGAGCCGCUGACAUACUUAAGAGAGACACGUUAAUCGUACUGGAAAUACAUUUCUUUUCAUACACUUUCAGGAUAUACCGCCAUCAGGUACCUGGACAACAUGCGCUUGCCAAAGUCAUGGGCUUACUCUGUCAAUUUGAUUCUGCUCUUCGUUAUCAGCUCAGCAAUGUGCGCCAGUCACUACAGCUGUGAUGGAUCUCUGGCAACGCUUUUGCCUGCAACCUCAUUUCAGAGCUCAUCACAUUUCUCAGACAGUCGUGCGGCUUACUUUUCCAGGCUGAACAAAAGAGAUGGAGGGGGUGGGUGGAGCCCAGAGUCAACAGACAGGUCGCCCUGGCUGCAAGUUGACCUCCAGGACCGGAUGGAAGUGACAUCAGUGGCCACACAAGGUCGUCAUGGCAGUACAGACUGGGUCAGUGCCUAUAUGCUCCUCUACAGUGACACGGGCCGUGUGUGGAAGCAGUACAUGUUGGAAGACACUGUUGGGAAGAUCAUGGGUAAUGUGAAUUCAGACAGUGUGGUCCUCCAUAAACUCAACCAGUCUAUUAGAACCCGGUUCCUCCGGUUCAUUCCUUUGGAGUGGAGCCCCAGUGGUAGGGUGGGCCUCAGGGUGGAUGUGUAUGGCUGUGCAUACAGAUCAUAUGUGGCCGACUUUGAUGGCAGAAGCUCUUUGCUGUACCGAUUCAACCAGAAGUCUAUGAGCACCGUGAAAGAUGUUAUAUCGCUGCGCUUUAAGAGUCGACAGGCAGAGGGUGUUUUAUUGCAUGGAGAAGGUCAGCGAGGUGAUUAUAUCACUCUGGAGCUACAUCGUGGGAGGCUGGCCUUGCAUCUAAACCUGGAUGACAGCAGGGUGAAGUCCAGCAGUGCACGUAUGGUGGUCACUCUAGGAAGUCUCCUGGAUGAUCUGCACUGGCACUCUGUUCUGAUUGAACGCUUUAACAAGCAGGUCAACUUCACUUUGGACAGACACACUCAACACUUCAGAACUAAGGGUGAUGGAGACUCUCUAGAGGUUGACUAUGAGCUAAGCUUUGGUGGGAUCCCACUGCCUGGCAAGCCUGGAACCUUCAUUAGACGUAACUUUCAUGGCUGCUUGGAAAACCUCUACUACAAUGGAGUGAACGUCAUCGACCUGGCAAAACGGCGCAAGCCUCAGAUAUACAGUGUGGGCAACGUGACCUUUUCCUGCUCUGAACCACAGCUGGUGGCCGCCACAUUUCAGAGUUCCAGCAGCAGCUUUCUGUCACUGCCUACACCUGCACCAGUCAUGGAGGGUCCUUCAGUGCGCCUGCAGUUUCGUACCUGGAACCCUGAUGGUCUGCUACUGUCCAGUCCGCUAAUCUCUGCUCAGGAGCCUCGGUACCUAAUAUUGCAGAUCAGCAGUGGACGCCUCCACUUAACACACCAGACAUCAACUCUGAAGAUGUCAGAAGUGCCAGCUGGACAGAGGGUGAAUGAUGGUUUGUGGCAUUCUGUGAGCAUCAACACUAGAGGACUACAGAUCAUCAUGACUCUAGACAAUGAGCCUACAUCCACCAUCCAGCUGGACAAUUACUUGGAACCAAAAGACAAACACUAUUUUGGAGGAUGUCCUGCAUCCCAGAACGACUCCAGCUGCUUGAAUCCCACAAUGGCCUUUCAAGGUUGUUUCCGGCUCAUCCUUGUUAACAACCAACCUGUGGAUCUUAUGCUGGUCCAGCAAGGCCGUCUAGGCAGCUACAGUCACCUACAGUUUGACUUAUGUGGUAUUCGUGACAGGUGUCUCUAUAAUUUUUGUGAGCAUGGUGGCCGUUGCUCCCAAACAUGGUCUUCUUUCUACUGUGAUUGCUCUGGUACAGGAUACAGUGGAGCUACAUGCCAUAACUCUGUCUAUGAAGCUUCUUGUGAACACUACAGGCUUGCAGGCAGCACAUCUGGAUAUUUCUUUAUAGAUCCUGAUGGAAGUGGCCCUCUGGAUCCCAUUCAAGUCUACUGCAAUAUUACGGAGAACAAAGUGUGGACUGUGGUCCAUCACAACAGCUCAGAUGCUGUGAGAGUGCGAGGCUCUACUCUGCAGAAGCCACAUGUCAGAUGGCUCAAUUAUAGUGCCUCAUCUGAACAGCUGAAGGCCUUGGUGUCCCUGUCAGAUCACUGUGAACAGAGAAUUGCCUACCACUGCAGAAGGUCACGGCUGUUUAACCCCUGGGAUGGCACCCCUUUGUCCUGGUGGGUGGACCGCAGAGGAGAUAAGAGGACAUACUGGGGGGGAUUCCAGCCGGGGGUGCAACAGUGCUCUUGUGGUCUGGAAGAGAAAUGUGCUGACAUUAACUACUUUUGCAACUGUGAUGCAGACAGACUGUCAUGGGAGAAUGACACUGGUGUCCUCUCAUAUAAGGAUCACUUGCCAGUACAGGAGAUAGCAAUUGGUGAUACGUACAGACUGGGCUCUGAGGCCGUGUACGUCGUGGGACCUCUGCAGUGUUCUGGUGACAAGUCCUUGUGGAAUGCUGCUUCUUUUUAUCAAGAGGCUUCAUAUCUUCACUUCCCUGCCCUCCAGGCAGAGCUCUCCCUUGACGUCUCCUUCUACUUCAAGACUGCCUUGCCCUCUGGGGUCUUUCUGGAGAACAUGGGCAUGCAAGAUUUCAUCAGAGUUGAACUAAGCUCUCCCUCAGCCAUGACUUUCUCCUUUGAUGUGGGUGACGGGCCAGUAAUCCUGACAGUGAAAUCUCCUGUGCCACUGAAUGACAGGCAGUGGCAUUGGGUUCGAGCUGAACGCAGUGUGAAAGAGGCAUCAUUGCAGGUUGACCAGCUGCCCCUGCGGAUCAUUGAGACUCCACCUGAUGGACACCUUCGGCUUCAGCUUGGCAGCCAUCUGUUUGUUGGUGGCACAAAGCAGAGAGGCUUUCUUGGGUGCGUUCGAGCAUUUAACAUGAACGGAGUGAAUUUUGAUCUUGAGGAACGAGCCAAAGGGACACCAGGAGUAAGUUCGGGCUGUGCAGGUCACUGUAGCAACUCAGCUGGUCUCUGCCACAAUCGUGGGAAAUGCAUUGAGAAAAGCAGCAGUUACGUGUGUGACUGCGCUAACUCUGCCUAUGGGGGACCCUCUUGCACAGAAGAGGUAUCCAUGUCCUUUGAAAGAGGUGCAUCGGUUACCUACACAUUUCAGGAGCCAUUCUUCGUCAUGCAGAACAGGACAGCCUCAGUGAUGUCUGUCCUCUCUCAGUAUAGCAAAUCCAGAGACAACAUGGCACUCAGUUUUCAAACCACCCAGAGUCCUGCCAUGCUGCUCACAGUCAACAUGCUCAGCCAGCAGUAUGUGGCAGUCAUCUUAGCACAGAAUGGGAGUUUACAGAUCUGGUAUCGACUGCAUAAGGAGAAGAGACCAGAUGUAUUCAGCCCCAUCUUGAGCAGUCUGUCAGAUGGGCGGCAGCAUAGAAUUCAUAUCCAGCGGGAGGGAAAGGAUGUGUUUGUUCAGGUUGACAAUGAAAAUAAGAAGUACACCCUUUCAUACGAUACACCGUUUAAUUCUAUGAAGUCGCUGACCUUGGGAAAAGUGACAGGAAGUGAUGGAAUGGAUGAUGAGGUAACUCAUGCUGGAUCCAAAGGAUUCAUUGGAUGCUUCUCAUCUGUACAGUACAACCACGUUGCUCCACUAAAAGCAGCGUUAUUGAACAGAGGUAGCUCACUGGUCAGCAUAAGAGGACGUUUAGUGGAGUCGAAUUGUGGGGCAUUAGCUGACCUUUCAACUUCUGUAUCUCGCUUGGAUCAUGGAGAGGAGGUGGGAAAAGAUAACGAGCAUCAUGAAGACGACAGCCAGUCUGAAUCAGCUGUGAUCGGAGUUGUCAUCGCUGUGGUGGUGCUGGUCCUACUCCUACUCCUUGCCAUCAUUUUGCGAUACAUGUACCAGCACAAGGGCACAUAUAAUACCAACGAGGCCAAGGGGACAGAGUUUGCAGAAACAGCGGAUGCUGCUCUUCGUAGAGACCCAGCACUGCAGGAUGCCAUGGAUGAGAGCAAGAAAGAAUAUUUUAUAUGAGACACAAUAUAGCCUAUAGAAGAACCCUUUGCAUCAUAUACAGUAUGCAUCAAACUUCUAUAGGCUAAAAUGAUGCCUGAAAUGUUAAUUGCAUCUUGUUUGCUUGGUCAGCAUCGUAUCUCACUCGAUUUCCCGCUAACAGAUAGGAGUAGUAAGAGUAUUAAGAAACCCCUUUGGGGUAAACUUUUCAUUUGAGCAUAUAUUCAACAUGGUAGAAUAUCUCUUUGUACUUUAUGCUGAAUGUUUGAAAUGAAGAUUAGCUCAGGAGAACUUGAUGGUAUUCAGGUGAAGGGAAGGAAAGCCAUUGGUGUUUUUAGACACGAUUUUAAUGUGAAUGGCAGGUGAUAUUACAAGACAUUUUGUGAAGAAUGUAUAGAACACUGUAUACAAAAAACAAGCAUGUGAAAUGAAUUAUUCUCUUACAUAUUAUAGAUGGCACAGUGCUAGAAUCCAAGCAAGAAACUCAUUAGGCAACACUCCAGGAUAUGAUGAGAGGAACCCAGAAGACAAACAUAAUGUGGCACAUAAUUGCUGUAUAUUUUACAUAGACAAUAGGAAAAACAGUGGGGAGGAAAUCCAUUGGCCUUUCUGUCAAUGUGUCUUACCGGCAAUUAUAUAAAUGUGUAUUGUGGUUCUACUGUUAUUGUUGUGGAGGUUUUUGUGAUUUUAAGAAAUAAAAAUAUGUUUAUAGGUGAAUUUGUAAAACAGACAUUAAACUUGCAUGUUAUCAGAGACAGCAGAGGAGUUUGUGGGAAAUCUUUAUAUGAUGACUGUGUACUGUAUACCAGCUUAUUUGUAAUCAGAUGGCUUUGUCAAUUUAAGAUAUAUUUACACAAACACAAAUAAAAUGUAUUUUGUUGCUUGUUAUUGUUUUAGUUGAUUUUCUCAGUUUCAAAAAUAUGAAUAACUACAUUCUUGACAACACAAAAUAGGCAUCGUUUUAAGCUUAGAAUCAUAAGUUUACAAUGCAUGUAGGCAUUAUGUCCACAACUGAAUGAGUGCUUUGAAAUUUGCAGAUAAAUCAGAAGCAUUGUGUUUUGAUCAUUUAUACAUUUUAUAUUGUUCCGUGUUCAGUUUUGUACAUAUUAGCAAUCAGGAAAAACAUCAAACUCACCAAAUAGCCAUGUGUAUUAUGAUGUUGGAAAACUCCCAAAGAGUAGAAUACAACAAGCCUAUAUGUUUUACUCACAGAUAUAAAUUAUUGUGAGGAAUAGAUAAGUAUAUGUCUUUAAAUGACAUCAAUUACAUUUAUGUUUCAUGUGAACAGGUGUUGCUUAUAUGCCACAUUUCACUUAUAACUAAGUAUAAAUAUCACAUUAUUACUUAGAAGAGCGAUUAUCUUUCAAACCAGCUCACACACAAGUUAAUCGGAUGUAUAGAUCCACACAGCAUCUGGCAUCUUGCAAUCUGGCUGAAAACACGUUAGCUUUCCUGGAUCAGAUGACGUCAUCAAACAUUAUGUAGCAUCAUGGAAUGCUAGGAUUGGGUUCACAUCAGUGCAAAAAUCAUCCAUAUUUGGGCAGAGAGACAUGUGAUUGGUGACUGUUACAUAUGGCCACCAAGAGAUGGCUCUAAGUACAUGACACAUGAUGCAGACUCAUUGAUGCAAAUGACACUCAUUCUGUGAAAUCUCAUUACUAAAAUCGAAAGUCUUUAUGCUAUGCAAUUUUUCUGUUUGCAUGUGUUUUUGAAUUUUGCAUGUGUUUACAUUAGUUCCUAUUUACAAUUAUUAUGUUAUAUUUGUUUGGAGAUGUUGUACACUAGAAUAAAUUAUUUUUGU